UUUUUUUUGUUUCACAACAAACGCGCCCUCGGCGCGGCCUCGAGGGGCGUUGCGACUCGCGGUAUAUGAACAAGUGCGAGAGAGGUGGAACCCGCCGUGGCCGCACGACGCCGAGCACAGCGCGAGCACAGCGCGACAGCGCGAGGACAAACGCGCCACACCGCGGAUAACCGUCAGACGUCGGACAGCCCGGGAACGCGCCGAUCCGGCACACGGGGGUCUAGUGACUACUGCGCUUCUUCAGCAGCACUACAGUGGACGCUUUUGACAGACACCAUCCAUCUGAGCAAGAUGAGUCUGAGUAUGAGUGAGCUGAUGGACAUAUUUUCAGAAGACAUGAACUUCACUGACCCGGAUUCCAACAUGUCCCACGUGGAGAUGCUGAUGUGUUCAACUAGCAUCAACGCUGCGGCUGUGCUGUACGUUAUAUCCAUCCUUUACGUCUUCAUCUUCAUCAUCGGCCUGGUGGCCAAUUCGGUGGUGGUCUGGGUGAACCUGCGGGCAGAGAGAAGUCACCACGAGACCCACCUGUACAUCCUGAACUUGGCCGUUGCCGAUCUGUGCGUGGUGGCGACUCUUCCUGUGUGGGUGAGCUCCCUGCUGCAGGAAGGACACUGGCCCUUCGGCGGGGCCAUGUGCAGGAUCACACAUCUGGUGUUCAGUGUCAACCUGUUUGGCAGCAUCUUCUUCCUCACCUGCAUGAGUGUGGACCGCUACCUCUCAGUGGCGCUAUUUGGCGACUCCCACAGCCAGUGGAAGAAGGUGGUGCGCAGGAUGAUUUGUGUGCUUGUGUGGGUGCUGGCCCUGGUCGCCUCGGUCCCUGACACUUACUUCCUGCAAACCGUCAAGUUGGAGCACUCAGAGAGCACCAUCUGUCGGCCAGUGUACCCACCAGAGAGUGCCCGCGAGUGGAUGGUUGGCAUCCAGCUGAGCUUCAUCGUGUUAGGCUUUGCCAUCCCCUUCCCUGUAAUCGCCAUUUUCUACCUGCUGCUGGCAGGGGCCAUUGCUUCCUCAGCAGAUCAGGAGCGCCGCCUGAGCCACAAGCUCAUCCUGACCUACAUCGUGGUGUUCCUGGUGUGCUGGCUGCCCUACCAUGGGGUUCUGCUGGUGGACGUCCUGUCGCUGCUCGGUGUCCUUCCAUUUAGUUGUGUUUUGGAAAACUUCCUCUAUGUGGCGCUGCACGUCACCCAGUGCUUCUCGCUCAUCCACUGCUGCGUCAACCCUGUCAUCUACAACUUUGUCAACAAGAAUUACCGCUACGACCUUAUGAAGGCCUUCAUCUUCAAGUACUCGACCAAAACGGGCCUGGCCAGGCUGAUCGAUGCCUCCAGGGUGUCUGAGACUGAGUACUCUGCUGUGGAGAACCACGCUUAGCUGGAACAUGCUGAGCUAGCUGUCUCUGAGACUGAGACUGCCUGCAAGACUGAGCACAGUGGCCCAGCUAACUGCUCUGUAUGCAGUUACUGAAAGGUCAGCCAUAACCGAAGCACUAUAGAGACCACAACACUAUACCUUUAUGUAAAAACCUGCAUAUAUGUGUUCCCUUUUUAGUAGAGUGACCUGCGACGGACAACGGUGAGUCUGACCAGCGAUGGGGAGGUUAAUGAAGCACUUCCAGUAAAUUGGAGGUGUCGCCUUCUGGAAAUUGGCGGAGCUUUGCUAAAAUUGCAACGUGGAGGAAAACUUGCAUUUUGUCAGGUAGCAGUUGGAGACAGGGUGGGUGGGGCUUUUGAAUGACCGGGGAAGGGGAGGGGGUUGCUUUUGAAUGGGGGAUACACCGAUUAGAUUGGAGGAGAUAGGGGCUUGUUGUUAAAAGGAGGGGGGCGGGGGACGGUCUCCGAAGGCCGGCAUGGGCCUUGUUGCGCGACAGACAGAUGGCAGCAAUCCCACCCUGUGUUCUGUAGUUAAGUGCAACUCUCUGGGCCUCGGCAGUCGGUCAUUAGUCCUCCGUGAGACUCCAGCUGCCUGGCUGACCCCGAGCGGCUGCUAUUUUGCUGGAGCCGUUUACAGGCAAGGGACGGUGAGGAAUCUGGGCCGGGUGGCGGAACAAACCCAGGAGAUUCCGGAGCUCCAUUCGGAACGAGCGCGGCAGACGGACACGCUUACUCACCAAAUCAAGACCACGAGACUGGGGACUUCAGAAGUCGGCUUUUGUAUUAUUAGAAGGAAUAGAAAUUCAGGUAAUUUAAAACUGUUAGAGCUUUAUAUAGUGUGUACAUAUAUUUUUUUAUUUAUAUAUUCAUGUAUGUGUGUCCUGUAAGGCUGUACAACACAUUUGACAUGGGGAAUGUUGAGUACUGAAUUUAGUGCUGUGUACAGUUGCGGUCGGUUCGUGUCAAGUGCUGUGCUUUCAGAAGUGCGAAAGUAUUCAUGACAGUUAUUUUCCUUUGCAUUUUAGCAUUACCUUUUAAGAAAGAAGUGCUACUAAAGUAGAGUUUAUAUACCCAGGCAAGUCUGUCCAUUACAGCGGGAUCCUGCGUGUCCCCUCGGCUUUCUAGAGUUUGUCCUGCACGCUGUUCUAGUCUGACUUAACAAAGUGCUUAGUCUCGGUGUUUGUCUCUCGCAAUACCUCUCAGGAGGGAGACGUUUAUGCUUUGCGGUACUAUGUAUAGUCAAUAGUACUGAGAAGCAGCAUGGUCACAGAUUCAGCAUCUGCACAGUGAAAUCGUUGUUGUGAAAUCACCUCUGAGAUGCUUAAAUCAGCUCAGAUGGAGGUUUGUUUUCAUGUAAACUCCCCUAAACUUGAUUUAACACUGGGUUUACUGUGGAGUAAACUGAAAAUGAGACAGGACACUUGUACAGAGUACUUACCACACUUUGAAUGAGGUGAGCAACAUCCACUUUGUAUUUAUUAAAAUGCUGAUGUGAGAUGAUGAUGGAGGCGUGGCCCACUGCUCUCUAAAGCACUCUGAGGGACAUAUUGGCAUGGUGACUGUUGGCUUAGUCCAGUGUAAGGAGGGUGUUUGCCUUUUGUGUGUCUUUUCUAUGUCAGUGUCAAAGGGGUGGUUGCAGGAAGCUGCCAGGAUUGCGAAGGUGGUAUGAUGUAAAUGUCUGCUUUGUUCAUUUGCAGCAGCAUCUGAGUUUCAGAAUUAUGGCUGCUCUUCAAGUGUUUCCUUGCAGUCCUUCCCUUUAUUAUCAUGUAAAUAAUACUUUGUGACCUGAUGGAAAGUAAUAAAGAGAAAAAGACAAA